GUUACCUUAUUGCAGUACAGAGACGGCAAAGAUACAGGAUGUGUGUCAUUCAGAAGCAGUUUCUCCAUUACAUAGUUUCCACCAGAGAGCGCUGACAACAAUAAACCAAAUAAUAAUAAUAAUAAAAAUAACCUUUAUUUAUAUAGCACCUUUCAUGCACAAAUGCAGCUCAGAGUGUUUUACAAAAUGUCCCACUCACUAAAUAUCCUGGUAAUAGUUCUUUAAUAACACACUUUAGGGCAUCCUUAUUCAACAUGUCUGCUUACAUGUUUAUGUAAAAGGAAGGAAAAUCAGUCGAGAUAUCGUAAUCAGAAUGUGUCGAACUCUUUUCACAGUAAUGUGUUGACUUACUAUUUGUUUUAAUUAUUCCAGUGCCAUGCAGGUUCAUAUUCAUGGAAGGCUAUGGAAAAAUGUCAUUUUAACAAACAUCUGAUGUGUUGAUGUGUGUCACUCACAGGCAUGGAGCAAUUUCCUGUCCACAGAGAUCACAGAUCAGCUCAGUCUGUUCAUCUGCUGGCUUCCUCAUUAACACAUCAGAGAUAAAAACACCACGUUCUCUGUAGGGUUUUUGAACUCUCUUUAGUUAAUUUAGAUGGAAGGUAGAGGGUGUAGAAAAUGGAUGGAGGUUUAGAAUGAGCUGAUCUUAUGAAUAUAUUGUCAUUUUUACCAGUUAAGAUGGACAUUUGGUCUCCUAAAUUGCACCAUGCUACCUGGGCAGUGCUGAGCCUCCUCUGUGUAUUUUCUCAUGAAGUGACAGUGAGGGACUCUGAGCUGAAGCUGUGUGAAGAGGACGAGCGAGUGUGUGUCACUGACCUUAGAGACUGUGGCUCUCGGCCACUUUCAUCUAUACAGAAGACCCUGAACAUGUCCUGUUACUACCAGAUAUCAUACAAAUCCAUGACAUGUGAGUGGAGUCAGGAGUCAAACAGCCACACUGAGUCUGAUGUCUCUCUCAUCUUCAGCAGCAGGGUUAAAGUCUAUUCCUGUCAGGGAAUCUUCAACCCGGCAGCCAUCUUCAACGUAACAGCCAAGAUAAAAAACUACAUGUUGGGGAGGGAGAUCUGGUCCCAACCUCAUACUGUGUCUCUUAAUGGUGCAGUCAAACCCUCUCAGCCUGUAUUAACUGUACUUGGCUCCACUGAGGACUCUGUUGUUGUGUCUUGGAGAAGCAGCAGUAACGGCAGCUGUCGGCUUCGCUACAGAGUCAACAACACUCACAUAUGGACCCAGGCUCCAGAUUCUGUCCCUGCACAUCGACAUCAGACACUGACCUACACGAUCAAAGACCUCUUGCCCUUUACCGUCUACAGAGCUGCUGUGGCCUGCAGAGAGGAGUCCAGGAUCUGGAGCGACUGGAGCUCUGACGUCAGCACGAGGACGCUGGACAGAGUGCCCUCCAGGCCUCCAGAGGUGUGUUACAGAGUGGAGAAAAACGACUCUGGUGGAUCUUUUCUCCUUCAUCUCAUGUGGAAGGAUCUUGACCUCUGUGAUGCUGGAGGUCGUAUCCUUGGAUACCAGGUGAGUUACACGCCAGUGAAGAAGCAGCAGCUGCAGGACAGAUUAAUUAGGAAUGUCACAGAGGUGAUGGCGCUCCUGGUGGUGGAGGAGGGGAACUGCAGUGUCACAGUCACAGCCUUCAACAAGGCCGGCAACGGACCUGCUGCACGUCUCAGCAUUGACACACUACGACAGAACACUCUCCCCUCAGUCAGAAACUUGUGGGUGUCAAGUUCUUUCCCUGCUAAGAAAGGCCUUCUGGUCCAGUGGGAGACCCCGUCCUCUGUCCUGCCUGUCAGUCAUUUUGCUGUCCAGUGGCGCUCUGAGACUUGUCCGUCCACCAGCUGCUGGACCUCAGUGGACUGCUUCAACACCUCCACUGUCAUACAAGAUGUUGACCCUGAUGAGUCCUACCUGAUCAGUGUGUUUCCCGUCUACAACCAGCAGUGUGGAUCUCCUCAGUCCCUGCCUGCCAGUCUGCAGCAGGGAGCUCUGAUGGAGGCGGUCAAGCUGAAGGUGGUGGGCGUGACCAAAACGACAGUGACAGUUGUGUGGGCGUGGCAAAACAAGUCUGGGCCAAUCAGAGUGAACAGAUACAGAGUGAUGCUGAGGAAAGACUCGGAGAGACAAACUCUGUCUUUGUGGCCGGACCAAUUGCAGCACAAAUUCCUCAAUCUGAAACCCGACACUGAGUAUUCUCUUCUCCUAUUGGCUGAUAAUGUUUCCAUAAACAUCAUCACCGUUAGAACAUAUUUUGACGAGGUACCAGCGGUGGCUACAGCGACUCCGCUGCUGCUGCUGGCUGUUACUGUGUUCAUCAUCUCCAUCCUGUCCAGGACUGUGUACAAGUCGUACUUCUUCCCGCCCAUCUCCAGCCCGCAGGGCAGUACAACAGGCCGGUGGCUGAUGGACCCAAACCACCAGAAAACUGCAGAGAGAAACAUCCUGGACAUAGAGGACUUCCAGGUGACAGAUGUACUUGGAGAGAAAAGUAUCAUCACGGUCAGUCCGAACUCCCAGCUCUCCUCAGAAGAGGACCGACAUGAAGACACCUCUCUGCUGUCUAUCAGUCACCUCAUUAUCAAACUGUCAGCCGAUCUGGACACGGAGUAUGUCUCUGAUGCUCCAUUAACCACAGAGCACCAACUGGUUUCUCUCCAGUCCUCCUUUCAUCCUGACUACACAGUGAACUGCCGUCAUCCUGACAGAGUUGGCCGAGAGGCCGACGCUGCUCUGCUGCAUCAGACACGUGACGCUAACAGCUGGUUUCCCCAGAAAGAGGAAGACAGUAGACAGGUCGACUUUUCAAAGACGUCACGUCAGGAAGAAACUGCUGUAAAAUGCUGUGUUCGUGAAUUCAUGGCUAACACCGACAGUCAGAUUAUCUGUGAGGCAGAGUAUGUGGUCAACUCUUCCUUUCUGGGGAAAACCGAUGUUGAAACAGUGAGUGAGCAGCGUGACUGUUAUCUGAUCUGUGAGACUGAUUAUAUAGCAAACAGUUGCUUUACUGCAAAACCUGCAGAUGGAGACUGAAUCAACAACUUCAGUACUGCAUGCUAGGUCAAUGGAACAGAUGGAAAAAUAAUAAAGUAAAGGGCUACAGCCCAACCUGUGGCGCCUGUUUCAGACCAGACGGGGAAAAGCAAAUAAUUGUGCGAGGUAGUGCGCAGAACGAAGAGUAGCACAUAAUCCUACAAAGUAGCUAACUAGGAUGUUAGACUACAUCAGAAUGUGAAUAAUCACAUUAAGUCUCUUACCUGGUAUCCUUCUGGUAUUUUCUGCCAUGCUUGUGAUUUUUCACUCAAGUAGGAUCAAAGAGUAGACUUGCAUGACUCUGCAUAUUCAUCUUCAGGAAAAUGCACAAAAUAAACUUUUCCACCAUUUUUCUCUACAGUAAAAAUUGUUGCUGCAAUAACUUCUCACGUCAAUGCCAGAAUUGGAUUGAACACGUGUUGCGGACGUCAGUGUAUUUGGCAGCAAAGUUGAAUUUAGUUAACCUAAAAUCAAGACCGUGUGGGCUGUGGCUUGCGCAGCCGCUCGCUCAAUUGAAAUAAUGGCCUUGCUAACUUCUGCUUUUGGUGUGAAAGCUCUCAAAAAAAACCCUGUAUGAGUUCCCACUGUUACUGUCCUCCAGACCACUUUCGUCUUUUUUGUCUCCGUAUGUUAAAGAAUUGUCAUACAUUUGCAAUAUUUUCAACCUGUGCGGACAAAUCUUGGCUGUGAACUCAAGUCUGUUCUCAUCCACACACAUCUUUUUGCGUUGACCUUGAUAUGCAAUCAUGCCGAAAUUAUCUUUUGUUAAUCUGGACACGCUGUCAGUCUAAUAUAGACUUUUGUAAGCCUCAGCUGAACUUAGGCUCAGCUUUGCUUCCAGCUGAAUGCUAACAAUAAAGGAUACUAACAAGCCUACAGUUAACAUCUAUUGCCAGUGUUAACAUUGGUGAUGUUUUCCAUGUAAGAUUUAGCACUUUAUCACACAAAUGUUAGCAUAAUAACCUAUAAUUGGAAUGCUAGCUUGAUAGCAUGGUUACUAUUAUAAUGUUAGCAUAGCCUAGUAGUCUAUGUGACCACAGCAUCCCUGGACUGAUUCUGACGGGGCUUUGUUACAUGCCUUCUUCCUCUCUCUCAACAUUUCUUCUAUACAGUAUUUCAACUGUUGUAUCACAAAAUGCAAAGAAAAUAUUUUUAAAAACAUGCACACAGUUAGCGCGUUACCAUGCAUACAUUUACAACAGUGACACGUUAGAUAAAAUGUUGCCACAGACAAUGAGAAUUAGUUUUAUUAAGCAAUUUAAUGUUUCCAGUUCAUUUCAGUUUAUCGAAAGUUGUCAAUCAGCCAUUUUGCUGUUUGACCUUUGCUGUAGUAAAAUUGUACAUGGCAUCAUCCAUUACUGGAUUGAUUUUUCUUGGGAAAAUCAAACUAGUUUUGAUCUUAUCAAUCAAUCAUCUUAGCUUGUGAAUACUGUAUUAGAUUACAUUUAAGAAAUGUAUAAAGAUGGCUGACAUUUGAUUUGACAAAGCGGAUGCCUGAAACUUCA